GCAGAUUGGAACCGCUGUCACGCCAGUCAAAUACGGAUAAACAUUCAGCGCAAUUGAAGAAAAACGAAAAGUGGUGAAAAUGUCUUUGCUACCGUUGUUCGACGAGAGACUUUUCAUGAGUCCCAUGAUGAGGGAUCCCUGGUCUGCUGACUUCCGCAACUUUUCCCCGAUCCUGGCUCAGCGCGACGCACUCUUCAAGCCUUGGCACCGGAUGAUGAGGUCUUGGGAAAAAAUAAUGGAACCUAUUGACCAAUUAAUGGCCCAAAUGAACGAGUGCAGGCUAAGUGACAGUGUUCGUAGCGACGACGAAACGUUCCAAGUGAAUGUGGAUGUUCAACAUUUCUUGCCGGAAGAAAUCAGUGUCAAAGUAUUGAACAAACAAGUAAUAGUGGAGGGGAAACACGAGGAUAAACUAGAUGACCACGGAUACGUCUCGAGGCAGUUCAUGCGGCGGUAUGCUCUUCCUGAUGGGUGUUUACCAGAUACUGUGCAGUCCAAACUCUCGUCUGAUGGUGUGCUAACGAUCACCGCUCCCAAAGUGAUCGCCAUGCCCUCAACUGGUGAACGAAUCAUACCAAUCACUCACACAGGACCGGUGCAAAAGCAACUAGGAUCUCCAGAUUUCGAGGAGUAAAGUGUGCGGCUGUAAAUAUUGAUUAUUUUUUUCUUAAGACUGAUUUGUAUCUUCGCUAUUUCUGGUAUUACCGCCUAAUUUAAGUUACAGUUGAAUAAACCUUUAUUUUAAGAUUA